AAUACUUCACAGGUUGGAAUUGAACCUCUGGUUUACUUACACGUCAACCUCAAAAACAAAACGUCACACCACAAAAACAACAAAUCAUAUAUGCGAUUAAGCAAAUGCUGAACUUAAAUCAGCCCCAAACCAAGCUAAGUGCAUCAGAACCCUUAUGGAAAGUCUUAAUUUACGACAGAGUAGGACAAGAUAUUAUUUCACCACUAAUAUCUGUAAAGGAAUUGAGGGAACUUGGUGUCACCUUAUAUGUGCAAUUACAUUCUGACAGAGAUCCCAUACCUGAAGUGCCAGCUGUGUAUUUCUGUGCACCCACAGAGGAAAACUUGGGAAGAAUAAGUCAAGAUUUUCAGAAUGGGGUUUAUGAUAUUUACCACUUAAAUUUUAUCUCGCCAAUCAGUAGGCAAAAGCUUGAAGAUUUAGCAUCGGCCGCUUUGUCCGCAAAUUGUGUAGCUAACAUCCACAAGGUUUAUGAUCAAUAUGUGAAUUUUAUUUCAUUGGAGGAUGAUCUGUUUGUGCUGAAACAUCAGAAUAGUGAUAAUUUAUCAUAUUAUGCUAUAAACAAGGGGGAUAUAAAAGACACGGAAAUGGAUGAAAUCAUUGAUAGCAUUGUAGACUCUUUAUUUUCGGUCUUUGUGACAAUCGGUACUGUGCCAAUCAUCCGCUGUAGAAAAGGCAACGCUUCCGAGAUGGUCGCGCAGAAGUUAGACAAGAAACUGCGCGAUAAUCUAUUUGACGCAAGGAAUAAUUUGUUCAAUGCAGACGUGCACGCUGGCAACUUUAACUUUCAACGACCAUUGUUGAUUCUGCUGGAUCGCAGCAUUGAUAUGACUACACCACUGCAUCAUACGUGGACUUAUCAAGCGCUGGCGCAUGAUGUGCUCGAUUUGGCUUUGAAUCGGGUGGUUAUCGAGGAGCAAUCCACAUCGGGGGGUGUACGUGCCAAGAAUCGUUCUUGUGAACUGGACAGCAAGGACAAAUUCUGGAUGAGUCACAAAGGCUGCCCCUUUCCGACCGUAGCGGAAGCGAUCCAAGAAGAAUUAGAAACUUACCGUAACUCUGAGGACGAGAUCAAGAAGCUUAAAACUUCCAUGGGCAUUGAUGGCGAUGAACUUGCGCUUUCUAUGGUCACUGACAACACCAACAAGAUUUCAAGUGCAAUCAGCUCAUUGCCACAACUGUUGGAUAUGAAGCGACUUAUUGACAUGCACACAACCGUUGCGACCGCCAUUUUGAAUGCGAUCAAAGCACGCAAACUCGACACAUUCUUCGAACUCGAGGAAAAAAUCAUGGGUAAAGCAACAUUGGACAAAUCGCUCCUGGAUAUCAUUACGGACCCGGAGACCGGAACAGCUGAUGACAAGAUGCGAUUGUUUAUCGUUUAUUACUUGUGUAAUUCGCAGAUAACUGACGCGGAUUACAAAAAGUUUGAAAGUGCGUUGCAGGAUGCAGGUUGCGAUUUAUCACCAAUGGCAUACAUUAAGCGCUGGAAGGGUUAUACCAAGAUGGCCACCGGAACGAAUCAUUACAAAGGAGCCGGUACGAAAACAGUAAACAUGUUUUCAAAGCUUGUCUCGCAGGGUUCUUCAUUUGUCAUGGAAGGUGUGAAGAAUUUAGUUGUCAAACGGCAUAAUUUGCCAGUGACGGAAAUUGUCGAUAAUCUAAUGGAGUUUAAAAGCAGUCAAGAGCUGGACGAGUAUUAUUACCUCGAUCCUAAACAGUAUAAGCUGACGGAUAUUCCUAGAAAUCGCUCGCCUUUCCAGGACGCGUUCGUAUUUGUCAUCGGCGGUGGAAAUUAUAUUGAAUAUCAAAAUCUCGCCGACUAUUGCAAGCAAAAAACAACUUCGGGACAAACCAAACGCGUUACGUACGGAGCGACGACGUUGAACAACGCCACGCAGUUUCUUAAACAGCUAGCCCACUUGGGACAGGAUUUAUAAGCAUUUUACAUUAUUAUUACACAUUAUUUUAUAGACUAUAUUUUAUGGGCUUGUUAAAUAAACGGAAUCACGAGCAGA